AUGCCAAACCUCGAUUGUCUCGAAGUGCGUUUCUCGCCCUUUUGCCAUGAUGAAAUGCUCCCAGGAACUUGGUAUGAGCCUUCAUCUAUACGCAUGAAGACUCUUGGAGUCAUUUCCAAGACAUUGAGGGAUCGCGAGUCCCGUCCCGACGCAAGCAUUAUCCGUGAGUUGGUACUGAACUACCUUGAGGAUAUGCCGUUACUCAAGGAUCUCAAAGACAAUCUGUUACACAACAUCGACAAGCUACACAUUCGCGUGGUCUAUUAUAACGGUGAAAUCGAGAAAUCUGAAUUUGCCUCAUAUCUCUCAAGUACCCUCUUGCCUUCGGUUUCUGAGCACCUGGUCGAGCUCACGAUCGCCGGCCUCUGUUGGGGUUCUAUCCCCGCUGAGUUUAAUGGUCAAGGUCUGUCAUUCCCAUGCUUGGAGAGCUUGACGCUGGAGCAAUACAUCAUUCUUCGACAAGAUCAGUUUGACUGGAUUCUUGAACAACGUACUCUUAUCAAUUUGAACCUUUACAGCUGCAAGAUCGUGACGCACUGUCUUGUGCAACAGCCCGAUUUCGAAGACUGGGAUGUUAACCUCGAUGGGUGGAAGAAACUACCAGACGUCUCCACCAACAUGGACGAGGCAAACUAUAGUCACAUGAGUCAUCCACAUCUGGAACCGCUUGAACCUGGCUGGUACAUGAAUGAUCUCCGAUGGUCAGACAUGUUUGAUCGUAUCCGCCAAAAUCUACCACUCCUAGAAAACUUCAAUUUCAGAUGUUCCAGCUGGCAAAAUUAUUUCGAAGGCCUUCCACUUCCCCAUAACGACGAUCUACAUAAUCGGUACUACACGUUUGACAACGGAAGUUGGGGGUGGGUGUUGUACAUGCCUGCCGAUGAGUGUCCGCGGUCGACAGAAAGGAACUAUUUCGAAAUUAAAAACAUGCCAGGAACACCAGUGGGUUUAUACGAGCGUACUGAGCCAGCUGAUCGACUUGCAUUGGAAACACUGAUGGAAGCGACACGCAAGCGAUGUGGUGAAAAGUAG